AUUAUUUUUUUAUACGUCGAUCAAUUACCGUUCGCGUCCGUAAUAGCGAUUGUAAUUACGUGUUGCCUUGCAACACAACAAUUACUUAUUAAUAAUAGUACAACCCAUGUGUGUCAUGCCGUUCACUUGUUUGAUGACCCAUUAUUCGUGUUUUGGUUUCUCAUCAUUACAGUCUUGUUCUGUUUAAAUUACAAAUAUUGUUUCAGUUUUCCUCUCUGUUCAAUAUAACUUUGAAACUAUACAAAAUUAUAAAACAAUUAUUAACGAUUAUUAUUUACAAAACUAUACAUAAUUCGCAAAAAAACCAAACGAGAGCAAGUCAUUUAUGAUUGAACUUUUUUUUCCUCUUGGCGAAGUUUAAAACUCUAGACCUCCCUUCCUCCAAAAAUACGCCAUUGUCUGUAUCAUUUAUCUGUGAUAUACUCAUUAUGAUGAUUUUAGUAUCAAAAUGUUUGUAAUCAGACGUAGAAUAAAACUUAAUUUUCAAAAAAAAUUUAAGUAUUCAAGCACAAUUAACUCCGAGAUCACAAUGAAUACUUGUCCAGAUAUUUUAAAAGAUUUUGAAUCUGGACCUUUAGAUUUUUACAGAAAACGUGCUACUAUUGAUUGGAAAAAAAUGAGAGUUUUUAUAGAAACUGAAGAAGUUUUACGAUAUAAGAUGAGAGCUUGGAAAGCUUUUGAAUCUGAUCCACUUUUUCAACAUUCCAAUGAAACAUUGUCAUUAGAUGAGCAACGAAGAUUAGCAUUAUUAAGGAUGUACAAAAUUGUAGAAUCAAAUAUUUAUCCAUUUGAUGAAAUAAUGACAAGUCCUAGACUGGCUUUAGCUAAGAUUAUAUCGAUGUUUCAAUACUGUCCGUCUGUUGCAAUAAAAGUUGGACUUACGUUUGACAUGUUUUCUAAUGUAAUAUUUAGUAUGGAUAAUGGAAGAAAUUCAGAUUUAUAUCAAAAGGCUCAAGAAGGAAAAGUUCCUGGUUGUUUUGCACUUACAGAAAUUUCACAUGGUACUAAUACUAAAGAAAUGAGAACAGUAGCAUUAUAUGAUAAUAAUAUAAAAAAAUUUAUUUUAAACACUCCAGAUUUUGAAGCAGCAAAAUGUUGGGUUGGUAGUUUAGGAAAAUCAAGUACACAUGCAAUAAUAUGGGCCAAGUUAAUUAUGAGUAAUGGUGAUGACCAUGGAUUACAUGCAUUUGUUGUUAGUAUAAGAGAUCCAAAAACUAUGUUACCUUAUUCUGGAGUUAUAGUUGGAGAUUUGGGAGAAAAAGCUAGUUUAAAUGGAGUGGAUAAUGGAUUUAUAAUGUUUAAUAACUAUUGUAUACCAAAGGAAAGUUUACUAAGCAAAACAGGAGAUAUAAAUGAUAAUGGACAAUACAUUUCACCUUUCAAAAAUAAAUCAAAACGAUUAGGGGCUUCAUUGGGAAGUUUAUCGAUUGGAAGGUUAAGUAUUGUUAAUAUAUGUGUAGCAUACAUUACAAAAGCGGUUCCAAUAGCAAUAAGAUAUACAGGUGUUAGGAAACAGUUUGGACCACCAAAUGGUGAAGAAUUACCAGUAUUAGAAUAUCAGCUAGUACAAUGUCGACUAAUCCCAAAUUUGGCUGCUGCAUAUGCAUUAAAAAUUUAUGGCGAUUAUGUGGCAAAAGUUUAUGAGUCAUUUAUAAUGGAGAUGAUGACAAAUGCUGGUUCUGAAAAACUUCGAUUACUUGGUGUAGAAAUCCAUGCAGUUUCUAGUUGCUCAAAACCCAUUGCUGCAUGGACAUGUCGUGAUGCAAUUCAAGAAUGUAGAGAAGCAUGUGGUGGUCAUGGGUAUUUAAAAGCUGCUGGACUUAGUGAAUUACGGAGUGCGAAUGAUGCUAAUUGUACAUAUGAAGGUGAUAAUAAUGUAUUAAUACAACAAACGAGUAAUUGGCUGUUAAAUAUCUGGGCAAGUUUAUUGAACGGAGAUAAGAGUUGUUGUGAUACUCCAUUAGGUACUAUAGGAUUUCUGAAAAAAGCAGAAACUAUACUGAAUGAAAAAUUUAAAUUGUCCAGAAUAAAUGAAGUCUUCACAUACACACAUUUAGAGUUACUUUCAUGUUUCGAAUGGAUGAUAUGUUAUCUUUUACGACAGACACAUGCACAAUUACAGUUAUUGAAAGAUCAACAAAAAGAUGUAUUUACUGCAAAAAAUGAUUCUCAGAUGUUCUUUGCUAGAGAUCUAUCAAUAGUUUUUGCAGAAUAUCUUGUUCUAAAAGAAUUUAUUGAAACAACAAAAUCUCCAAAUUUAGAUAUCCCUCACAAAUUAGUUUUACAGAAACUUGCUUCACUCUAUGGAUUUUGGUCAAUUGAAAAACAUUUGUCUAUUAUGUAUGAAGGUGGUUAUGCCAAUGGGCCAUUGGCAUCAGUAAUAGUUAAAGGAUCCAUUAUAGAACUAUGUUCAAGUCUUAAGGAUGAGGCUGUUACACUUGCUGAUGCUAUAGUACCUCCAGAUUUUAUACUAAAUUCUGUGUUAGCUGCUUCAAAUGGAAAGGUUUAUGAUAAUUUGAAAAAAGUAUUAUUUGAAGAUAAAUCAACUUUUGAAAGGCCAACUUGGUGGACAGAGAUAGCAGUACGAUCAAAGCUAUAAUUUUAUAAAUUGAGAUAUACCGAGAAAUUCAAAUUUCUAAUUAUUAAAGAUGUUAAAACUAUUAUUUACA